UGGCUGGACCAACCGUUUCCCUUUGCUUUCUUGAUCAAUGCUCGGCGACCCAGAGUGUCGAACUUGCAGGUCGCCCCAGGCGUCGCGUUAUGGACCUCUAAGUCGUUCGAAGCGACACAUGUGGCGGAGCCUCUAGACAGCGAACGCAUACUAAGCAUCGGCAUCAAGCCCUCCGACAACAAAUUCUAUCAAUCGCAUCGUUCUAGAGAUCUGGCUCCCACACUACUUUUUCCCAGCAACACCAAUGUGUCUAGCUCAGCGCAUUCGACUGGAAAACUUCUACGGUCGAGGAUCAGCACAUCUUGAACAACGGGCCGGCCUCUACUUGUGCCUGGAGGAUGGAUGGAGUGACGCGGUUACGUUCAUCGAUGGCAAAGGUAGGGACAAACUAUCCACAUAUCGUGAUGCCUGGUGCCCCUGGAUGCGUACACGACCGCCCGCUACUCUGCGAGAAGUACUUGGCUUCUGGAGAAUGCUAGUCACUGACGGCAUCUGGAGUGUGGAUGCUCAAGGCGUCGUUGGAGGUAGGGAGUACUUGAUGAUGUCGAAGACUGAGAGACCAUCGCGGUCGAAGGCAGGGAGGUCUAGGUCGAGGGCGAGGUCGGAUUUCGAGCGGGUUGGGGUGCUGCGUCUGCAUUCUGAUCACAAUAAGCACCCUCUCAAUGCAACGCCGUUUAACGAGGUCCUUGCUUGUGACUAACUGCAGCCUAUGUCAGGUAUAAUAUAGGCAUAACGGUUUCCAGCUUGAUGAAAGUAGGCCUAUCAUAUCCUUAGCUACGCUGUAAUGUGCUGAGUUAAAAUGAUCUAUCAGGCUUCCACUUGUCAACCCUGCUCGCUCGCCAUAAGCACCCCAAACGUCCUUUGCUGCAAUCUUCGAACUUGGAUAUUCGUUGACAUCAAU